AUGUUAAUAUGGGAUAAAUUUCAAGUCGGAGUAUCGUCCAAAGCCAGUCUGCUCUCAACCAAAAAGAGAUAAACUUCUCAGCUUGACCAUUUUAAACUGAACUUUCCUGUCUUUGAUUAAAUGAACUAGAAUCAUAUCCACUAGAUAUUAUCGCCCAAGAAAAAUUUUGCAAAUUUAUACUAGGCCAAUAAGCCAAUCAGUAAACUACAACCGGUUCAGCAAUCUCAAAUAAUACCAGCGAGAACUCAGUACGACAUUAAUAAUGAAAAUCAUGUGAAGAAUAAAAAUAUGCUAGCUGAGGGGAAUGAUAUGAACAAGAGUACAAUGCUGAUUUAAGCCAAAGAAAAAUAAAGAAAUCAUAUCAAGUCAAACGAGAGCGAAAAAAUAAAUGACAAAAACAAGAAGAAACUUAAGAAACUCCUCUUUGCGAAUUAGAAUCACUAAUAUCCUUUGCUUAAUUGCAGAGUCAAUAAAUAACAAUUAUCUCAAAUCAAUAAUAACUCAUAAAUAAGCACAGCAUUUACUAAUGAUAUAAAAUCCCAGAGUAUCCUGAGCUAAUAAGCCACUUAAAAGGUAAUUCAAAUACGAGAAGGCUCAAGCAUUGUAGUUGAAACUGAAAUUUAAAAUAGCAAUUCCCCUGACAUAACAAGAGAUAGGGUCUUCAAGAUUUAGUCUAGAAAUUCUAUUGGGGCUGUUGAUAAUAAUAAAACAAGUUUGAUUUAUGGGGGCAACAACAAUUAGAAUCAUUAUUCUCAAGAGGAAUUAGUUCUAACACAUGUGCAGAAUUAGAAGCAUCAGCAAUAGAAAAGCAACCCACUUAAUGUUACUGUACAAGAUAAGGACAAUCAGUAAAUAUCCUCUCGCAUUCAAAAAGGAGUUGCAAGCAAAAAGGAAGCAAGCCAGAAAAGCAAUCAAGCUUUUAUUGUCUCGCCCUAUAGUCAACAAACCUCUAAGCUCUAUGAAGUUAUCCAUAAAUUUAACUAAUACAAGAAAAAGUAUCUGUUGCUUUUACAAAAAUAGCAAUAUCCAUUCUAAUUCAAUAGUCCUCCGAAAAUUAUCUGUAAAUUCUAAGCUUAAAUAGAUGAAAUAAUCUCUUAGAUUAAUAACUUCAGAAAUUGUAGCCAGGUUGACUCCCUACAUUAAUUUUAGAAAAAUAUCGAGGAAUGUUUGACUAAGUUUGAUAAGAAACUAAAUAAGAGAAUAAAAAAGUUGGAGCACUACAUAAAGAGAGGGUUCAUUUGUAUGAACAUGAAAUAGAAUGCAAUUGCUGUAGGCGGGAGCAGUUCCAUCAGGAAAUCUGAUUAUUAAUAUAGCUUCUAGGAUAUUGUUAAUGAAGAUGCUUCGAAUGCCUAGUUAUUAGAUAUUGCAAUAGGAGAGGAGGACUUGGAGUCUUUGAAUAAACAUAUUGAAAGGAACAAAAGGCUGAUUCAAUAGGAUAGAGAGGAAUUCGAGUAGUAGAUAUAUUAGCAAAAUUAGCGAAUGCAGAUUGGAGUAUAUGAAAAACCUUGUUCUUCUAAUGAAUAUUAAGUCUCAAUGCCAUAGUAACAGUCAUUUAAUACAAAUGACAAAAAGCAGUUUAACUUGACAUAAUUUAAAUUCUCAAAGAAUUCAAAGUCUCCCUCUAGAGAGAGGCAAGUUAUGCUGCGAACUGAUCUCUAGAAGAAACCAAAGAUCAAGACUAAUGACUUAAUGAUCUCAAUGUAUUAGACAAGUGCAGGGAUGUUUGAUCUGAGUCUUAAACGAAAGUAAGCCAAUAAUUCUGAAACUUUACAAAAAAGCAUUACUGCUAAUAGAAUUGGUGGCUCAAAUCUCACUCAGAUAAACUUCAGGAAUAUUAACAAACAACCCCAAGUGAAAAAUCUUCAGAAGUCAGCAUAGGAUGAGAAGUUUAUGUGGAAUGACUACUCCAUUGAUGAUCCUAGGAAUAUCAUAGAGGAUGAAUUCCUACUUUCACAGAUGCAGAAUGUAGAGGAUUUUAUACAAAGUCCCCAUCAAAAUCCAAUGAUAAGUGUAAGCCACUCGAAAAGACCCAGUAAUAGCAAAUAUAAUGUUUUAAUUAAAAUGAUAAACGUGACUUUACCAAAAGAAUACCCAUAUGUGAUGCUACUAGCCCUUGGCAUCUCCCUACAAUGCUACUUCACUGGUUUCUUUGUUGCCCAACCUAAAAGAUAUAAGAUGUUCAAUCGCUAAUUCAUGAACGAGAACUUCGGAGAGCUGCAUAAAAAGGAAACUGGCUCUUCAAUGGCUCCAGAUCAAGGAUAUCCUGACAUGGGUUCUGGGGUUUUCUCUGAAAAGCUUUCUUAUAAGUAAUGGAUUGAAUUUAACUUGGCUCAGAGAGUGCACUAAAAUUUCUUGGAAUAGAUGUGGGUUGUGGCAUUCUUAAUUCUAGUUGCUGGCAUCACUUCAAUCUAAUAUACUCUAAUUGCAGGCGGAUUCUAUGCUCUUGGCAGAUUUUUAAUGGCUAUUGGUUAUUCGAGAGGAGUUGAAGGAAGAAAGAUAGGUGUCACUAUUCUUAAUAUUGCUCUUGGUGUCCUAGUAUGUCUAGCUGUCAAUACCACUCUUACUAUCAAACCAGAAUGA